UACAUCAAAACAAAAUUUCUAAUGGAACCCAUUUUCCAUUCUGGUUCCCACUAUGCUAGCUUGGCGCCCCAUGUUCUUCCACAGUUCCACCAUGGUUUUUCUAAUUUCUCCUCUAAGGUAAUAAUUUGGAUUUAAUUAUGGUGUUUAAUAGCGAAACAACCCUCCACUUCAGUCCUUGAAUCAUAAUCAUCAUCAUGCCCUAAAAUAAAAUAAAUUACAAUAAAAAUCCCUUGGAUUCCACUUCUCCAACCACAACAACCCAACUUAUUUAGUUAUAAAAACCAACAAAAGAACCAACCUUUUUCUUCUUAUUGUGCCCUAUAAAUUGGAACGAACUUUGCAUAUUUGUUAUUGAGGUCGCAUGUAGUAGUUAGUAAGUUACUAAAAACUACUCAUACUUGCUAAAGUAGUACAACCCAUUUUAGCAUUUUACUUGUGUAGAGUGUAGACACACUAACCAUACAAAUCCAAAAAAAUGUAUAUAAAAAAAAAUCUCAGUCAUUAACGACGAUACCAAAUAUAAAAAGAAAUAUCACAUCAGGGAUCAUUGCUCUAAUUAGUGAUAAAUUUCAUCGACGGUAAUUAGCACAUGUUUAAAAUACACUCUUGACUUUCACAUAUGUGGAGAACUAUAUCAUUAACGUCAAUAAUAUUGGGACUAAGUGAUAUUUAGGAUGUUUGGAAUCACCGGAUAUAGGUUCCAAUCAAAUUCACCCUUCACAUGUAAAUCUCCUUGAAUAUACCCUUUGUUUGGAUUUACAUAAUGAUUGUCAACAAUCAAAGACUGAACAUGACAUCGUAUUACAUACCACAAUCAAUCAUACACAUAACAUAUCGUACCAAAAACUAUAACAAAGUCUCCACGUAUAAAACCUAUUCGACCAUCAAAAGGAUCACAACCAAAUAUUUUCCGUCACAGUAGUUGUCUCUUGUUCGGAGUUACAAAAUCACUAUAAACAUUUUUUUUUACCAACAAAAACUUAUUAUAUAUCAACGAAAAUCAAGUCGGCAAAUUUGAUAUGGUUUUUAUAGUUCUCUUUGAUCCUUCUAUACACCCCACACCCAUCCAAAAAACUUGAAAAAACAAACAAACAAAUUAUACCAUAUGAACCCUAAUAGAGUUCCCCUAUGGAAUUUAGUGAAAAUGAAUCAAACCCACCAAUGACCAAAACCAAGUAUUUCCUUCUAAAUACCCUAAAAAAACCAAAUAGUUAAAUAAACAACAAAUUUCUAGUAGAAUUAGGAUACUAAUUUUCCCCUUCUUUUUAACGCGUUCACGCGUUUUACUUGUCGCUUCCCCCUUCCUUCCCGUUAUAUAUAUCCCUCCUUCUCUCUUUCCCUUUCUUUAGCAGGUGCAGGAGAAAAAAAAAAAAUCCCCCACCGCUCAAAUUAAAACAAAAAAUCCCCAAUUUUUCCGCCAUUGUUUUCUCCCUGCAUCUGCUGCUAAAUAGCGAAUCCCCUCUCCUCAUUGACUUCUUCUUCUUCCCCACCCAUCAAAGAUUUCUUCCCGCAAUCCGGCAGAUCGACGACUCAGGCACCACCACCACCCCACGGCGGCGACUUCGGCGGCGGCGGGGGAAACCAAGAGGGAACGAGGAGGAGAAGAACAACAAGCAAGGAUGCCGUCGCUGGAGGAGGAGUUUUUCCCGUCCACGCCGGGGAAGUUCAAGAUCGACCGUGGGGGCGGCCACCACCGGCAGUUCCACCGCUGCUUCUCGUCGACGAGCAAGAUGUUCCUGUGGGCGCUCUUCCUGAUCGCCCUGACGGCGUCGUACCUCAGCUUCCAGAGCUUCGUCGAUUCGGGGAGCAGGUACUUCGCGGCGUCGUGGGGCGGGAUCCAGUGGGAGAAGCAGGUGAGGAAUUCGGCCCAGAUCCACCGCGGCGGCGGGAUGUCGGUGCUGGUCACCGGCGCCGCCGGAUUCGUCGGCAGCCACGUCUCCCUGGCGCUCAAGAAGCGCGGCGACGGGGUCGUCGGGAUCGACAACUUCAACAGCUACUACGACCCGUCGCUGAAGAAGGCCCGGAAAUCGAUGCUGGCGGAGCACGGCGUAUUCGUCGUGGCCGGCGACAUCAACGACGGGAAGCUCCUCGCCAAGCUCUUCGACGUCGUGGCGUUCACCCACGUGAUGCAUCUCGCGGCGCAGGCAGGGGUACGGUACGCGAUGGAGAAUCCCCAUUCUUACGUCCACUCCAACAUCGCCGGAUUGGUGACGCUCCUCGAGAUCUGCAAAUCGGCGAACCCCCAGCCCGCCGUCGUCUGGGCUUCCUCGAGCUCCGUCUACGGGCUCAACGAGAAAUCCCCCUUCUCCGAAUCGGACCGGACGGACCAGCCGGCGAGCCUCUACGCCGCUACUAAAAAAGCCGGAGAAGAAAUUACCCACACCUACAAUCACAUCUACGGCCUCUCCAUCACCGGGUUGAGAUUCUUCACGGUUUACGGGCCCUGGGGCCGACCCGACAUGGCGUACUUCUCCUUCACCCGCAACAUUUUGCAGGGGAAGCCGAUUACUGUGUAUCGGGGCAAGAACCGGGUCGAUUUGGCCCGGGAUUUUACCUACAUCGACGACGUCGUGAAAGGGUGUCUCGGGUCGCUGGAUACCUCCGGGAAGAGCACCGGGUCGGGCGGGAAGAAGUCGGGUCCGGCGCCGUACCGGAUCUUCAACCUCGGGAACACGUCGCCGGUGACGGUGCCGGCGCUGGUGAGCAUACUGGAGAGGCAUCUGAAGGUGAAGGCGAAGAAGAACGUGGUGGAGAUGCCCGGAAACGGCGACGUGCCGUUCACCCACGCGAACAUCAGCAUGGCCCGGCAGGAGUUCGGGUACAAGCCGACGACGGAUCUGCAAACCGGGUUGAAGAAGUUCGUCAAAUGGUAUCUCUCGUAUUACGGCUAUAAUCACGGGAAAGGUGUAAAUUAACAAAAACGAAUUUCUGUGGGGAAUAUCUUUUUUUCUUCUUUUCCCUUUUUUUUGUGUACUGUUUUUAGGAGACUGAAAGAGAGAAAAGAAAAAGGGAAAAAAAAAAAGACGUGUUGGGGGAGGGAAAGAAAUGUCCAAAUGUGAAGAAGAAGAUCAAACUUUCAAGAUUUUUUUUUGUUCUUGUCUUUCAAGAAAUUGGCAAAAAUGGCACAUUGUGAAUUCUUUCCUUGUGAAGAAAUCAAUCUUCAUCCAAUUGAGUUUUCAGGUGGGUCUAUAGUCUUAUACUCUAUUGGAAAAGUUGGAUUCUACGAGAGUGAGAGCAAGUGGUUCUUUACAUUAUUUUUAAGAUCGAUACAAUUAGAUGUCACUUGAUUUAGUUACUUAUGAGGAUCAAUUGUCUAUGAAAGGGGAGCUAAAAUGACCUUUCCCUCCCAAAAAUUUGAUUCUCGCCUUUUAGUUAGCAACAAUACAAAUCCGCUGUUGCGAGAGGCUAUGUUACCAAAGAGGAAUCUGUGUACAAAGAUAAUUCAUAGUCACUGGAUACACCUUGACCCAAUUUGUUCCUAUAAUCACAAAUCCAUGCAUAUGAUCUACAACCGGAAUUCGUUGUUCACGCCAGUGUGCUAAUUGUUGAGGAACACGUUCAUCAUCAUUGGCAGCAAAGUCAUGGUCUCUCUCCUCCCACCCCCCACGAGUCAAUUGAAUUGAGUCAGAUUGUUUCAUCCAACUUAUCCUCACCAAUGAACGAAUCGAACUCUCUUACUGACCCCGAUGAAUUUGCCCGACCGAUGAGACUACAUCGAUCACGAAAGCAUACCUCGAGACAAAAAACACUGCGAUUCUCAAAAAUCUGUCCCUCACGCGACAGUGAAAGCUAUGUUCCUCGACACUCAUACAUCUCGAUUCAAUCGAGCUCGAAAUCUCCGUCCGGUCCUAUCAUUCACAUAAAUGCACCGACACGUCGUACUAGUUGUGAGAGUUUCACUCCGCCCCCGAAAGAGGGCAUAAUGGGGGAAUCAAUCAAACAAAGUCUGGCACUGAAUGUGUUGUCCAGUCAGACUGCCAGCAGAUUGUCAAAGCUCUCUCGGACGAGCCAAGAAACUGGCCUUGGAGAGGUGCAGCUUGGAUUGGAUCAAUGGUCUCAAUCUUAAGAACAAACCCUCAAGUGAAGGUCAAGGCAGUUUCACGUGCUUUCAAUGUUAGAGCUGAUUGGGUUGCACGAUCUCUAGCUAGAUCCUCCCUCCCUGUUGACUGGAUUAGUAUUCUUGACCUAAUUUCGGAUUUCCUUUGAUAGAGUGUAUUCUCGCUUUUCUCGAAUUGGAAGUGGAAUAAAAGUGUAUCCUUAUUGUAAAAAAAAAAAAAUCAAACAAAGCCGUGGAUUGUUGGUUGGGGGAAACCAUGGUACGGCGAAUUUAAAACCCCGACUCUGUUCUGUUCACUCCCUGGCUGACAGAUCGACGAGAUGCCCAAAAGCAGAAAGGGGGAAAUGAGAAGGAGACAGACAGCUAAUACGAGUGUGCGUGGAAAUGAAAGGGAAAAAUGGCAAGGAAAAGGAGGAAAGGACAACAGCCGUGAUAUACGGUUCGAGACAGGGAGAGAGAAGGCAGUUUCAAUAAUAAAUGAGGUCGUGAAUU